AUAGACUCAAGAAGGUGCAUAAUCUAUGUGUAGAAUUAGAGGCAAAUGGUGCACUAAGUAAAAUAAAAAACUCAAUUAAAACACAGUAUGGGCCAAUAAGUAUGACAACAUUAAAAUUUGAAAGAAGACUUGAAAAAGAAAUUGUUGCAAAAUUUCAAAAAGCAUUAACAAAAGAAAAAGCCAGGCUUCGAAAAGAGAAAAAAGAAAAAAAAAGAGCCCAAGCAUAG